UCAAUAACUUGCUGAGAUUGACACUGAAUAAGCUCCACCCCCCUGUUCUUUCCGGUCUCAGCCACCGCGUUCUCGGCUGAGAACAUCACGAAAACUCGGAGAAGAGGAAUCCGAGUGGGACCGGCGCCAAACACAGAGCUGCGCGUGCUCCGUCUCCAAGCUCGGGGCGCGAGUUGCCAGGACUGGUGGCUGCGGCUGCGUGGUGCUCGGUUUCAGGGGCCUGCGGGCGGCGGCUGACGGGGCGGCGCAGCGGCGGGUGCGCAGAAAGAAGCAGCUUUGAGUCUGAGCUUGAGUUUGAAAGAAGAAAUGAAAAAUAGCAAAUGGAUCAGAAAGAACUGGCUUCUUGUAGCUGGGAUUUUCUUCACAGGCAUCCAUCUCGGAACAUAUUUUAUACAGAGAGCUGCAAAACAAUCUGUAAAGUCUCAGCCUGAACUCAAACAAAAGAGUUUGAAUAAUGAACUAAAAUAAAUAUUUGGAAUUACUAA